GGCGGGACACCGGGACGCGCCGGCCCCUGGCCGCGGGCUCGCCGCCCGUGCCGGCGGAGUUCGCCGCGCCCCUCCCCUCUCCCGGCGUGCCCCGGCGGCCGCCAUGGCGGACAGCGGCGGGAGCGGGCGCGGGCCGCCGUGCCCCGGGGCGGCCGCAGCGCUGCGGCGCUGGGAGCGGCUGCGGCGGCGGGCGGCGGCGGCGGCGCCCUGGGCCCGCGGGCUGCUGGCGGCGGCCGCCGGGCUCGGCCUCUUCUACGUGGUGCUGCGGGUGCCGCUGCGGCUCCGGGACAGCCUGGCGGCCGUGACUGUGUUCUUAAGCACUUUGACUCCGAAAUUCUACUUUGCCCUUACAGUGACUUCAUCUUUUAUAUCUGGAUUGAUAUUUGUGUUUGAGUGGUGGCAUUUCCGAAAAUAUGGCACGUCUUUCAUUGAGCAGGUUUCUGUGAGUCAUUUGAGGCCCCUCAUCGGUGGGGCAGAAAACAGCCCUCCAGCCCCAGCAGCAUUCUCUGCUGGAGAGAAUGAGACAAGCCGGCAGAAUAUGCCAGAGUGCAAAGUGUGGCGAAACCCUCUCAAUCUUUUCAGAGGGGCAGAGUAUAGCAGAUACAUGUGGGUGACUGGGAAGGAGCCUCUUACAUACUAUGACAUGAAUUUGUCUGCUCAAGAUCAUCAGAACUUUUUCACAUGUGAUACAGAUGCUCUUCGACCCUCAGAUACAGUUAUGCAGAAAGCAUGGCGAGAGAGAAACCCUCAAGCCCGGAUUAAAGCAGCAUAUCAAGCUUUAGAGUUGAACAAUGACUGUGCCACUGCAUACGUUCUCCUGGCUGAGGAAGAAGCAACAACUAUUGUGGAUGCUGAGAAGUAUUUCAAGCAGGCUCUGAAAGCAGGAGAAAUGAUUUACAGAAAGUCUCAGAACUGCCAUUCCCAAAGUCCUCAGCACGAAGCACAGCUGAGAAGAGAUACCAAUGUAUUGGUAUACGUGAAAAGGAGACUAGCUAUGUGUGCCAGAAAACUUGGAAGAAUACGAGAAGCAGUAAAAAUGAUGAGAGAUUUGAUGAAAGAGUUCCCACUUCUCAGCAUGCUGAAUAUUCAUGAAAACCUCCUGGAGGCACUGCUGGAGUUACAGGCUUACGCAGAUGUCCAGGCAGUUUUAGCAAAGUAUGAUGAUAUCAGUCUUCCAAAAUCGGCAGCGAUAUGUUACACAGCAGCCCUGUUAAAAGCCAGAGCUGUUUCAGAAAGGUUCUCCCCAGAAACUGCCUCCAAAAGAGGACUUAGUACAGCAGAAAUUAAUGCUGUGGAAGCAAUUCACAGAGCUGUAGAAUUUAACCCUCAUGUUCCAAAGUAUUUACUAGAAAUGAAAAGUCUAGUGCUGCCUCCAGAGCAUAUUCUGAAACGAGGGGACAGUGAGGCAGUAGCAUAUGCUUUUUUUCACCUCCAGCACUGGAAGAGGAUAGAAGGGGCUCUAAAUCUGCUACACUGUACAUGGGAAGGCACAUUUAGGAUGAUCCCAUACCCAUUAGAGAAAGGUCAUCUUUUCUAUCCCUAUCCGAGUUGCACAGAAACAGCAGACAGAGAACUGUUGCCAACAUUUCACGAAGUCUCCGUUUACCCACAGAAGGAACUUCCCUUUUUCAUCCAUUUCACAGCAGGCCUAUGUUCCUUUUCGGCCAUGCUUGCCCUCCUUACGCACCAGUUCCCGGAGCUGAUGGUCAUUUUUGCUAAAGCUGAAAGGAUAGAUAGUGUCUGCUCAGCUGAAAAAAUGAUCAAGAAGCAUGCUGAUCGCCACGUCAUUCCACCAACCAAGUCACAGUGGUGGCAAGCAUGAAGGGGUUCUUGCCACUUACUGUGCUAGUUUAAUACUGGCAAAAGUGAAAACUGUGUAUUGAGAUACACAGACAAGAAGUGAAUUCCGUAUUCAUCUCUUGAGAUUGACAGCUGAGAAGGAAAUACCAUCUUCCAAUAUUCCGUUAGUUUAGAUAGAAUUAAUGUUAACUCCCAGUCAUACUCUCAAUGACUAAUAUUCUUCCUUAUUUUAAUUAUUAGAUUACUGUAUUCUGAUGUUUCCAGAAGCAUUCAGAAAACUUGUAGGAAACAAUGAUACUCAGUAUCAAACUAACACUUCUGAUUUUAUUGAUAGAUUGCUUCAGUAUUUUAACUCUAGAUAAUGCAGUGAUUGCUGCUCACACUUUAUAAAGCAUUAUCUCCUGUGCUCUGGAGGUGUGUGGCAGUAGCAUCUAGCUGAAUUGUCAUACUGAAGAUGGAAGUUUACCUUCUCUUCGAUGACACCUGCCUCUGCACCUAAGAAUACUGUAAUAAAACAGUCAUUAUUUGCUGUAUCUAGUGUUGUAUCUCUAGGUAAUUCCAGUGCUCUAAGCUUUCUAAAUGAUUUUUUUUUCCCUGUGUGUUUCAUAAUUUCAAGGAUUUUUUCAUGAUACUGUGUUUUAACUUACUAAAUAUCGUAAUUUGAGAUAAUAAAGUUCUAGAUGGUAGAUAACCUGGAGUGCUUUGGCCUCAGUGAAAAAGUGCUACAAAAUGUAUUUCCAGCAAACUGUUGAAUUUCCAACAAAUCUAGAACACAGUUUUAGAAAUUACGAUUGGAAAGUAUUGUGCAUGUGGAAUUCUUCACUAUAAAUCUCUAAGCAACUUAAAUAUGACGACGUAGAUUACAUUUCAGUUGCUACUUAAUCAAACCGUUGUUUCCAGCAAUUGAAUCUGCAGCGAACUGCCUGCCUCCGAAGGGCUUUCAGAAGUUGAAUACCUUCCUAUUGACUUGAAAAGUCUGAGUUUACAUAUUUUCAUUUGUUAGUGCUUGAGUUUGUUUCCUCCAUAAUAAAUCACAGGGUAAACCUUG